GUUAGGCUUCUACGGACCGAAUCACUGGAAAUACCUUUGUAUAUUUUGCUGGUGAUGGAAAGAUUUGGUUAAAUAACGACCAUCUCAAUCAGUAUUGAAUUGACGACAGCCAGAACCGGCCGUUUGGAUUGGCUCUUGUUAAAGCAAAUCCUCUUUCAUUCGCUUCCUGAACAUCACAUAUACAAUAUCGUCAUGGAUGCUGCAAAAGUGCCUCCUCCACCACCGUACUCGGCAAGUGAUGCACCUAUUAGCUCUCAACCGGUUCCGGAGGGCGCUGCGCAAUCGAAAGAACAAACUGCUAUCGUUCAAGGCACCGUAGCACUGCUGUCGCCGCUGAUCGGACUCGAUAAAGUAAAAUUUAAACAAUCCGUCGAAUGGCUGCAGAUCGUGUGCGGUGUUGAGAUGCCAAUCCAUUUCGAGCUGGCCAAUCAGUUCGACUCGGUUAUCUACCGGCUGCAGGAGGACACUGACUGUUGUACACGAAACUUUAUUCCGCAAGGAUUUCGCACGGAUUCAACGGUGCUUGCCGUAAACGGUGUUCCUGCGUUCCGGUUCCAGCGAGAAGGGCGCUGUGUUAUGAACUGUUGUAUGCCCUGUUGCUGCUAUCCGUUGCCUUUCAGCAGAGAACGGUUAACCGUAACGGCAGCAAACGGCACGGUGCUGGGCGUCGUUCAACAGGAGUGGUCCUGCUGGACAUCACGCUUUAGUAUUCUUAACGCCGAAGGAAGUGUGAUACUGGGAAUUAACGGACCGCCACUUAAUUUCGCUUGCUUCUACGAUAUAAACUACGAAAUUGUUGCUCUGGACGGGACUCGGAUAGGCAACAUCACGAAGCAUUACGCGGGAUUUUGUUGCGAUACGUUCGCAGAUUUUGAUGAUUUUACUAUCGACUUUCCGUCCGAUCUGGAUGCAACUGUGAAAGCUACUCUUCUUGGCGCUGUCAGCUUAAUUAAUUUGCUUUUCUUCCAAGGAUCUAUCCGACGAUUGGCUUGCGCAUUAGUCUGUGGAAUAUCACGAACUGCGAUAGACCUCAAACUGAUGAAAUAAUCCUGCAAUGCUAAAUAUUAUGACUAUAAUUUUUUGCAUUUAUUGCAAUGUAAACAAAUUUGUAUUUUCUGGAGUGGAAUAAGCAACUUCUCCGUUAUGAAGAAAGAAGUAAAAUAUGCUUACUUCGUAAAACGUGGACGUGACGUGGAAUAGUUUUUGUUAAUUAUAUGUUUUGUUCUUUCUCUCAUACAGAUCACUGUAAUACAAUUACUUGUGCAAAA